AUGACGCUAUGUAAUACUAAAAAUAACACAGAUUAUAACAAGGAAUCUGCGUGUAUGAUUGAAACAGUUGAUGCUAUUUCUAACGAUAAAAGUCUUAGUACAUUGAAUAGGAGUGGUAGCAACAGUAUAAAAAGUGAUUUCUUGCAAGCUGUUGAAACAAAUGCGAUAUUAAAUAUUGAACCAUCAAAUGUGAUAUUUGAAACCAAAGAUGUUUACAUUUUGUCAAGCAAAAACUGUGAUACUGAAGUACAAAGUGAUACAACCCAAAAGUUUGAUUCUAAUAUGACGCUAUGUAGUACUAAAAAUAACACACAUAAUAACAACGAUUUUGCAUGUAUGAUUGAAACAGUUGGUGUUCUUUCUAACGAUAAAAAUCUUAGUACAUCGAAUAGGAGUAGUAGCAACAGCAUGAAAAGUGAUUUCUUGCAAGCUGUUGAAACGAAUGCUAUAUUAAAUAUUGAAACAUUAACUGUGAUAUUUAACACCAAAGAUGUUUGUGUUUGGCAAACAAACUUUGUAAUACUGAAGUACAAAGUGAUAAAACCCAAAAAUUAUAACAACGAUUCUGCAUGUACGAUUGAAAUACUUGAUGUUCUUUCUAACGAUGAAAAUCUUAGUAUAUUGAAUAGGAGUAGUAGCAACAGCAUGAAAAGUGAUUUUAUAGAUUCCUUGCAAGUUGUUGAAACAAAUGAUUUAUUAAAUAGUGAAACAUCAAAUGUGAUAUUUAGAAAUACAGAAGACAUUUGCAAUCUAUCAAGCAAUGAAUGUGAUACCAAACCGUGCACUACAAGUCAAAAGCUUAAUACUACUUUGACAAAAUGUGAUAAUAUAACUGAUGGUGAUUUUGAAAAUUAUUUACUAAAAGAUGAUUUUUCUAACGAUGAGAACUUUAAUGUUUUCAUUAAUAAUACUAACAAGUUGAUUAAUGGUAGAAACAAAACUUACAUCAAUGAUAAUAUUUCCAAUACCACAUUUGUUCCAAUAGCAGAAUCUACUGUCUUCGGAGAAAAACAUUUAACAUCAGAAUGUGGAAUCAAAACCAAUACUUUUGAAUCGGAUAUUUCUUUUACAUCUGAGGAAAAUAACGAUGAUAGUUUUCAUAUGUCAGAUUGUUCUAAAUUUGAAGAUACAGAUAAAGAUAAAUCUGAAAAUACACAUGAAUAUAGAACUGAUACAAACAAUCCAGAACGAAAGAAAAUUAUUGGUAUAAUUAGACAAACAGAAAAUUUCAAGUAUAAUGGUUUGGUUUGGUUUGGUGCGUUUAUGGCUCGUAGACCUAUGGAAAGACAGUCGGUCAUAACAAAAGAUUUAGCUAUAUCACGUUUACUCAAAUACGCACAAGGAGAAGAUACAAGCGAUACAGAAGAAAGCGACAAAUUUGAUGAGGAUGAAGAUAAAAAUAAAUAUAAUCCAGUUAAUGAUAGUAAUACAGAUUUAAAUUUAGGAAAACAUUUAGCUUUGAAGGGAAAAAUUAAUUAUAAUAGUAAAACUGUUCAAUCAGAGGAUGAAUGUAAUACUGAAUUAGAUUUAAAUAUUUCUAAUGUUUUAUUAUCAAAAAAGAUAAAGCAAUCUGAAUGGAUGUCUGAUGAAAAGAAUGACAUGAAUAGUGAUACAAAGAAGAAAAAAAAGAAAACCAUACAAACUAAAAAAUUGCCAUCUUUUCGUGAAAUUAACGAAAUAAAAACAAAAUAUCCUGUAUUAAAAGCUCGUACAAGUGCUCAGAUAAAACUUGGUUACAUAAUCAAAUAA